UCGCAUUAACCCUAGAGAGAGAGAGGGAGAGGGAGAGAGAGAGAGAGAGAGAGAGAAAGAGAUUUGGCCACUGCAGAUCGGCACAGGAAGAAGAAGAACUGCAGAUCGGCCCAGAAAGAGCGUUCGCCUAAUACUUGUUCUUGAUCGGAUUCAAGGAUCUGAGAUGGCCUCAAGACCCAUUGUUCCCUCGAAAGCCGGAGAUGAGGCCGCUGCCAGAGGAGGUAAGCAGAAGAAUGGUGCGGCUGAGGGCAGAAAUCGCCGAGCAUUAGGUGAUAUUGGGAAUUUGGCGACUCUCCGUGGAAACGAUGGCAAACCGCUGCCUCAGAUCUCUCGCCCCGUUACACGGAGCUUCUGUGCACAAUUACUCGCUAAUGGACAAGCAGUAACAGCUGAAAACAAUAAGCUAAAACAAGUUUGCAUUAAUGUGGAUGGAGCCGCAAAGGGCAAAGUAGGAAGAGGGGCUGCGGCCGGGAAGGCAGCCCAGAAGAAAGUUGUUGUCAAGCCAGCACCGGAGGAUGUGAUUGAGAUAAGCUCUGAUACAGAAAAAAAAGUUAAGAAAGUGAAACCAGUGACUAAGAAAAAGGAGACGGCUCCAACUCUUACUUCUGUUCUCACUGCACGAAGCAAGGCAGCCUGUGGUCUGACCAAUAAACCAAAGGUGCAGAUUGAUGAAAUCGAUGCAGGAGAUGUCGAUAAUGAGUUGGCCGCUGUUGAAUAUGUUGAGGAUAUCUACAAAUUCUAUAAGACUGUUGAGAACGAGAGCCAAGUCCAUGAUUACAUGGACUCACAACCAGAGAUAAAUGAGAGAAUGAGGGCUAUUUUGGUGGACUGGUUGGUAGAAGUCCACCACCAAUUUGGACUUAUGCCAGAGACUCUGUAUCUCACCAUCAACAUUGUUGAUCGGUUUCUCUCGAUUAAGACCGUGUCAAGGAGGGAACUGCAGUUGAUUGGCAUUGGUGCCAUGCUUAUGGCCUCCAAAUACGAAGAAAUCUGGGCUCCGGAAGUGAAUGACUUUGUUUGCAUCGCAGACAGAGCAUAUAGUCAUGAACAGGUACUGAUCAUGGAGAAGGAUAUUCUGGGCAAGCUGGAAUGGACAUUGACAGUCCCAACGCCCUACGUCUUCCUCGUUCGCUUCAUCAAGGCAUCAAUGCCUGACAAGGAAAUGGAGAACACGGUCUAUUUUUUCGCCGAGCUAGGUUUAAUGCACUAUGCCACCAUAAUGUACUGUCCAUCGAUGGUUGCCGCCUCGGCAGUCUAUGCUGCUCGCUGUACGUUAAACAAGAGUCCCUUGUGGAACGAUACCCUAAAGCUGCAUACUGGCUUUUCAGAACCACAGCUAACGGAUUGUGCCAAGCUUCUGGUAAGCUUCCAUUCCAUGGCUGCAGUGAACAAGCUAAAGGUGGUGUACAGAAAAUACUCAAGUCCUGAGCGCGGUGCAGUUGCUCUGCUGCCCCCAGCCAAAACUCUGUUACCAUCUACAUCAUCCUAAUCAAUUGUCCUUCUUCAUCUACAAAAACUGUGUCCUGUUACUUGUCAAAAAAAUAUUUUAUUUUUCUGGUUCAUUCGCUGGAAGCUAAACAUAUAUGGAAAGCGCAAAUUCCAUUGAUUCGAAA